AUGUCGGAUGACGCACGUCCUGCGCCGACAGCGGCCCAUGAGAAGGUCACAGAUAAUGAGGAGCAUCCGAUUCUCGUUGCGGUGGACCAGAACCAGACAUUUGAGUUUGCAGUCGAUGAAAAAGAGUGUGCAGUGUACACGGAUGAGCACGACGUGUCCCUGCUGAAUAUGAUUGCAAGCUGGAUGAAGAAUCUUCCGCCGCAGGCGCCAUUCCCGCCGCCCCCUCAUAUUGUGCAGAAGCCGCUGAGCGAUAUGGUUAAGCAGGCCAAAGACCGAGGGAAUGAGGCAUACAAAAAAAAGGACUAUGUAUCAGCGAUCAAGCACUACACGAUGGGUCUCGCCAUGGCGUCUAGCCGGCCGAUGUGGGAGGCUAGCGGAAUUGUGGCUGAGGAGCUGUCGGUCGUGCUGGCCAACCGCAGUGCCGCCUUUCUCGCGGCGGAGGCCUACAUCGAGGCACUCUGCGACGCCGACGCCGUCACCAAGAUCAAUCGGGUGUGGGGCAAGGGCCACUUCCGCAAAGGCAAGGCGCUCGCAGCGCUGCAGCGCUACGACGAAGCUCGCGCUGCCUUCGAUUUGGGGCACCAAUUCGAGCCGGACAAUGAAGACUUUGUCAAGGCAAUUGCGGAGCUUCCAUAG